AUGGCAGGUUGGAAUCAUACCAUAGUAAAGGAAUUCUAUCUAGUAGGGUUAACUGAAAAUCCUAAGUUGCAGAUCCCACUCUUUUUGCUCUUCACACUUAUUUAUUUCAUCACUCUGGUAGGUAAUUGGGGGAUGAUUUCCUUGAUCUGGUUAAAUGCCCAACUUCACACUCCAAUGUACUUCUUCCUUAGCAACCUGUCCUUUUGUGAUAUCUGCUACUCUACUGUCUUUGCUCCUAAGAUGCUGAUCAAUUUCCUAUCAAAACAUAAGUCCAGUACAUUCUCUGGUUGUGUUCUGCAGAGUUUCUUUUUUGCAGUGUAUGUGACUACAGAGGGCAUCCUCCUGUCUAUGAUGGCUUAUGACCGCUAUGUGGCAAUAGCUAAUCCCUUGUUGUAUACAGUCAUUAUGACCCAAAGUGUGUGUAUUCUGAUGGUGCUUGCAUCUUACUCAGGUGGGCUCAUUAAUUCCCUGACACAUACAAUAGGUUUACUCAAACUGGACUUCUGUGGUCCUAACAUUGUGAAUCAUUAUUUCUGUGACAUCCCUCCUCUGCUAAGGCUUUCUUGCUCUGAUGCCCAUGCCAAUGAGAUGUUACUUUUGAUCUUUUCUGGAGUCAUUGCAAUGUUCACUUUCAUUAUCAUCAUGGUCUCUUACGUCCGCAUCAUCAUUGCCAUCCAGAGAAUCCGCUCAGUAGAAGGAAGGCACAAAGCCUUCUCCACUUGUGCCUCCCACCUGACUGCUGUGACCUUAUUCUAUGGGUCCGUGACCUUUAGUUACAUCCAGCCAAGCUCUCAGUAUUCCCUGGAACAGGAGAAGAUCUCUGCUGUGUUUUAUACACUGGUGAUUCCCAUGCUAAACCCAUUGAUUUAUAGCCUCAGGAAUAAGGAUGUGAAAGAUGCAGCAAAAAGAUCAAUUUGGUGCAAGAGAACCCCCACUUGA